GCUGCAAACAGUGUGUGGAUAAAGGAACAUCCAGAGUGUGGCUACAACCUGAUGAAUUCUCCUCACCUGCGUCCUGCCUGGGUCUUAGACAGAGCUCUCUGGCAUUUAACCACUAGGAUAGCAGAUGGACGGUACAAAGAGACGGGACUUCCUUCUGACAUUACCAACGAGAGCCACUUAAAUGCUCUCCGCAGGGUGUUUUGGGAGGACAUUUUUCCUCGAAUCAAACUUUGGGAGUUCUACCAGGUCAACGUGGAAAAUGCUGUGGAGCAGUUCAGAAUACUGCUGCAAAACGGCACAAAGCCAGAUCAUAGCAAGGCUGAAGGAAAUAAAGGCAUAGAGAUCAUUCAAGACCUCCAGUGCUAUCGCUAUGGCAACAGAGUGAACAUGGACUCAGCUUUGGAGACAUUUGUACCUCACAGGUGAGUCCCUGAUAUCACACCUUGCAAGUGUUUCCGUUGGUAUCUUUGAGGCACUAAUAAAUUUGUGUAGAGUUUUGCUAUGUUCUGCCAAAGUAUUCAAACAUUUUGAACUUAUUUUGUCUAAUUGUGACCACAAAUCUCAAUGUGUUUUUAUACUAAAAAAUCAAAACCUACAUGAAUCUGUGUGGAAAAAGGGAUUGCCAUGUCCUCUCUAGUCACACAGCGUUAGCUGAUUACUGCUCAAUCAACACAUCACUUAAACAGGACCUGCUGGACAAGGUGAAGUACAACAAAUGAUCCUCAAAAGCUAGACAUCAUCUUUACAAUAACCCUCAAAGAAUGCUUUGAAUAUUUUUUUUCUUUUUUCUUUUUUGUGUACCAUUUUUAUGAAAGCAUUAAAUUUAAAACAUAUUUAGAAAGUCUUCUAAAUAUAAAAGCAUUAAACAUUUGGUUAAUAACUCCUAAUGAAGUACACUUUCUCGUUAUCAGUG